AUGCUAUUAUCCUCAAUUGCACUUUUGAUGGAAGCUGUGGUUGGUUUCUGUUCUCCUGUUUCCAAAGGAGAACAGAAAUCUGGAUCUGAAACCACCAACGUUCAGUUUCUAACUGAACGUAACCAAAAAAGGUACUUCGAUUACGGAUCCACUGAAUGGAAUGAGCCCAUUAGAGGUGUGAAUCUAGGAGGUUGGCUUGUGUUAGAACCUUUUAUUACGCCAUCGUUAUUUGAAGUAUUUCGUGAAAACGACAAUAGUGAUGAAGGGAUUCCUGUUGAUGAGUAUCACUAUACAAAGGCAUUGGGUCCAGAAUUGGCAGCUAACCGUUUGGAAGCACAUUGGCAAUCUUGGAUUACGGAAAAGGAUCUUACUGCAAUUAAAAGUAUGGGGUUCAAUUUGGUUAGAAUCCCUAUCGGUUAUUGGGCAUAUGAAACUUUGUCCGAUGAUCCAUAUGUUUCUGGUCAUCAAGAAAAAUACUUAGACGAGGCUAUUGAAUGGGCUUCUAACAAUGGGUUAAAGGUUUGGGUUGAUCUUCAUGGAGCUGCUGGUUCACAAAAUGGAUUUGAUAAUUCAGGCUUAAGAGAUAGCUAUAAGUUUCAAGAUGAGGAAAAUUUGAAUGUGACUAGAAAAGUUAUUCAUUAUCUAUUGGACAAAUAUUCUCGUGACGAGUAUGUUGAUACUGUCAUCGGUGUUCAAUUGAUAAAUGAACCAUUGGGGCCUGUUCUUGAUAUGGAUAAAUUGAAAAAUGAUUACUACUUGGAAAAUUAUAACUAUUUGAGACAAGAAUUGGGUCGUGAUCAAAUUAUUGUAAUUCAUGAUGCAUUUCAACCGUUACACUAUUGGGAUGAUUUCCUUACCGAGGAUCAAGGUUAUUGGGGGGUUCUAGUGGAUCAUCAUCAUUACCAAAUAUUUGACUCAAACCAAUUAAAUGCAACUUUUGAAGAUAAAUUAAAGUUAGCAUGUUCUUGGGGUCAAGAUAUAGUUAAUGAAUCCCAUUGGAAUGUUGCCGGUGAAUUUGCAGCUGCUCUGACAGAUUGUACCAAAUGGGUUAAUGGUGUCGGUUAUAAAGCACGUUAUGAUGGUAGUUACCAAAAGGAUAAUCAAGGCUCAUUUUACAUUGGAUCUUGUGAAAAUAAUGAAGAUUUUAGUUCGUGGUCCCAAGAUCGUAAGGACCAGGCAAGGCAUUACUUGGAAACACAAUUAAACGCAUUCGAACUAAGAGGUGGUUGGAUCUUGUGGACCUAUAAAACAGAAAAUAGUAUCGAAUGGGAUGCUCAAAAAUUGGCAUACAAUGGAGUGUUACCACAACCAUUGGAUGACAGGAAAUUCCCCAACUAUUGCAAAAAGUAA